AUGACGAUAAUGUGCAUCUGGGGCUCCUGUAUUGAUCGCAAUGGUCUGUAUAUUGCCACGGCAGUGACCAAUAUAAUUAUAGACCUGGCCCUCAUCGUGGUUCCAAUUCCAUUGGGCUACAGCUCAGGCACUGCCACACAUAGCCGUCGUAAAGGAGGUAUCACACGAUUACAAGAUGAUAUCCACCUCGUCGAAACCCCAGGAAGCCGAAAUAAUGAGACCGGAACUGUGAAAGAGGUUGGGUGGGAAGUGACCGAGGAACCGGGAUGGGGGCCAUCUGAUGCGACCACUUUACCUCCCACCCAGGAUACAAUCCACACAGUAUGA